CUUAUGAGAUCUGCUUUAUACUCCAUUAUGGCUGGAUUGAAAAUAAACUAGGUUAGAGAUGUCUAUACGAGUGUGAUUCUAUUGUCCAUAAUGAAAAUAACAGAUUCGUCAAAUCGUCUUUCCACCCAAGUCGUCGCAUCUCAGCGCCUCUCCCGCCCAAAUCUUCAGAAUCCACAGAGUUGAGCAAUCCUCUCCCUAAGGUGAAAAUUUUGAGCACAAGGCCCUUGUUGCAAGUAAUAUGAUUCAAUGCUAAUUUUUUCAGAUAUGGAAACACUGAAGUGGCUUGAAACCAACGGGGUUGCUGGAAGAAAGAAGCCAACCCACACAUCUUCUCCAUCUACGCCUAUUUCGGUGAAUUUAGCUAAAGAUAGUUCUCAUUCUGUCACAUUCAUCAAUCGUGAGAGGUCAAUGGGGAAAAAGGCAGAUAAGGCGAAACAAAAGAAAAGAAAAGGAAGAAAAGGGCGAGGAGUAGAUGGCAGUCCUCUAAGUGACUUCAUUUGUGAGUGGAAGGUUGAAAAGCUCAAGAUGCAUGAGCACAAAAUGAAGAUCGAAAAACAAAAGUUGAUGCUUGCGAUGCAGGAACUGGUAGUUCAUAAGGAAGUUGAAGAAAAUAUGAUUCAACUCGAAGAAAGGCAAGAAGACGCUCGGCGGAAAAUUGAAGAAAAGAGGAUUAAGUUCGAAGAGAGGCAAGUAGAGAUGAGGAUUAUGAUGAUGGACGUGAGCACUUUUAAGUGAGAUCCAAAGGGAUGAGGAUGAAGAGACCUCGGAUGAGGAUGAAUUCAUUGACAGAGAUGCUAUUAAACAGCAGGUAGAAGAAGCAGUGGAGUCUUUGGAGAGACGACAUAAAUCAGUCUCACGACAUCACAAGC